ACCCUGUCAUUCAACAGCCAGGCCACAAUGCGUGUAGGGUCGACACUCUCCACAGUGGGUGGGUUGAGUCACUCGUGAACUGGUUGAAUGGCGUUGUCUCAAACAGUUUCCAAACCAUCUCCUAUCCACCUGCCCAUCUUCUCUUCCCAUCACUCCUCCUCCAUACCUCUAAGAUGAUCCGAGUUCACAACACCCAGUACUCCCUCUUCCUGCGCCAGGCAGAUGUCCUGCGUCGCUCGGGGACGCUGUGUGAUGCUGUUAUCUCAGUGGAGAGCCAGGUGUUCAGGGCCCAUCGGCUGGUGCUGGCCUGCGCUAGCAAAACCCUGGAGCAUCAGCUCACCCUACAGGCUGCAUACUCAGACCAGCACGAUCGCCUCGACCAACCUUACCACUGUAGUCUGGAGCUCCUCUCUCCACACACCUUCCAGCAGGUCCUGGACUUUGCCUACACCGAGACCCUGGAGGUCCCUGUGGAUGAUCUGCCCCAGCUUCUGAGGGCCGCCAAGCUCCUGGAGAUGCAUUCCCUGGAGGAGCAGUGUCGCAGCCAGCUGAAGAGAAAUCGGGGGUGCCUGAAGAGAGAGAGAAGAGAGUUGAGAGAAAUAAGAGAAGUGAGAGGAACGAAAGAAACUGGAGAAAUGACAGAAACAAGACUUCAGAUAACAGAGGAGAGAGAUGAGAAAGAAUCCCUGAAAGGAAGUCCCAUUCCAGAAGAGGGGGAUCCCCAGACAAUUCCUUCCAUUGAUCUGGAGCCCCAGAGCAGCCCAUUCACUGAGGGUCCCACUCUUCUUGACACUAGGGAUAACUCCUCUGGUUCAUCACCACCACAGAGAAAAAGGCCAAAGCCACUCACACCCACACUAGUGGCCACCACACCGCCUCCAUCCAGAGACAGUGUCAUCGCCACCACUGCUGCCACCAUCCAACCCCCUACUCCUCCUCCCCCAGCGUCGAGGGUCAUGUGGCACCAAGUCAACACCCUGAGGAGGAUGGCCUUGAACUAUAACGACAUCCUAGCAGCCAGUUCCUCUUCCCUUCACCCCUCACAGCACCUGGUGACAUACCCCUUCCACCUCUCCUCUCCCCACAUGUACCCCCUGCUAACGUCCUCAUGCCCGCCCCAGGUCCACAGCGCCGUCCUGGGCUACCCGGGCAUCCUGCAUCCAUACCACCACCCCCUGCUCUCUGGGUCUCGGGAGCUGGGGGACGUCCUGAAGCAAGGUCUGCUGGGAAAAAGAGACUCGAUGGAUAAAGUGUUGAUAGGUGGAGCACUAGGGGAAGGGCAAAGAUACUCCAAGGAGCGUCCAGGAAGAACCCAGGACUGUCAGCACUGCAGCAAGGUCCUCCUGGGCAGCUCAUGGCUGCAGGCCUCAACCACCAACCCCUCAGGCUCAUGUGAGACUUCUCUGGGGUGUAAGUACUGUGAUCGUAGCUUCAGGGUGGAGAGGUCACUGCCGUCCCCCCGGCGAGAUCAGGGAGGAGAGAAGCCCUACCAGUGUAAACGCUGCUCCAAGAGGUUCAGUCUCAAACACCAACUGGAUACACACCAUCGGGUACACACAGGAGAGAAGCCGUUUGAGUGCCGUCUGUGUGGCCAGCGGUCAAGGGACUACUCAGCCAUGAUCAAGCACCUGCGGACCCACGGCGGGGCCACACCCUACCAGUGUACUGUCUGCCUGGAGUUCUGUAGCAGCCUGGCUGCCAUGCAGAAACACCUGAAGAACCACCCGCUGCAGGACUUCCCCCCAGACUGGAACAUCAGCAGCACCUACCUGUACACAUGCCAUACCUGAGCUAGCUUGAAGGCAAAUGUAAUGUCAACAGAGAAUCAUUUUACUGCCAAACAACUACAUCUCAGGGAAACUAACUCAUAGCAUGUAAUGUACAUACAUGGUAACAAGACACCAGUUACCGUAGCAUUUAUCCAUGCACUCCAAAAGUGCAUGGAGUACGUCAAUGCAUAUUUCCACCACUAGAGGGGCACUGGGUCUUAGAAAAGAAUGUAAAACAUGUCUAGCAGCAGCAGCAUUAUCAUUAUCAAGCACAGUAUUAUUACCAUUCUAUCGUGGCUGCAGCUGAAGAGUCAGUCACUUCCAAGAGACAAGGAAAGGAAACAUCAAGACUAUUUAGAGGCAGCAAAAACUGUGUCCUUGUUUCAUAUGAAUGUUUCCAUCUAUGUUUGGCGGUUAUCUCUCUCAGGACGACUUGGAGCAAUUGUUUUGUACUCAACUUCUUGAUUUUCAUUUAGCCAUAUGUGUUUAGUACAUUUAGAUCUUGUUCGAUUCAUAUUUACAGUGCCUAUAGAGUCUGCACCUCCUGAAAUUUUGCGUUACAAAGUGGGAUAGAAAAAUAUUUUAUAAAAAAAAUUUAAUCAUUAAUCUACCCAAAAUACUCCCUAAUAUCAAAGUGAAAAGAAAAUUCUACACAUUUUUACAAAUGAAUAACAAUUAAAUAACUAAAACAUAGUAGCUGCAGAAGUAAUAGCCUAAAUGAAGUAAAUAGUGUCUUAACAAAUCACAUAAGUUAUAUGGACUCCCUCUGUGUGAAAUAAUAGGGCUUGACAUGAUUUUUUAAUGACUACCCCUUGCUCUGUCCUCCAUACAUACAACAUAUGUAAGGUCCCUCAGCCAAGUAUUGAAUUUGCAGCACAGAUUAAACUACAAAGACCAGGGAGAUUUUUGAAAGCCUCAUAAAGAUGACCAGUGAUUGGAAGAUGGGUAACAAUAACAAACCAGACAUUGAAUAUAUCUUUAAGCAUGGUCAAAUUAAUAAUUAUGCUGUGGAUUACGUAUUAAACCACCCAGAAACAUCAAAGAUGCAGUCGUCCUUCUGAGCUGCAGGCAAUUAAGGAAACUGCUUAGGGGUGUUAUUGUGAGGCCAUUGGGGAUUUUAAAACAACUACAGAGUUCAAUGGCUGUGAUGGGAAAAGACUGAGGAUGGAUCAACAACAUUGUAGUGACUCCACAAUAAUGACCUAAAAGACAGAGUGAAAAGAAGAAUAUAAAUAAACAGAAUAAAAAUAAUCCAAAACACGCAUAAAGGCACUAAAGUAAUACUGCAACAACAACAAAAACAUGGCAAAGGAAAACACAUUUUGGCCUAAAUGCAAAGCCUUAUGUACUUAUCUAAUCAAGGUAUAUUAGUGUCUUCCACUUUGAUAUUACAGAGUAUUUUGUGGAGGCCGUUGACCAAAAAAUACAAUUAAAUCCAUUUUCAUCCCACUUUGUAACACAAUAUAAUGUGAAUAAAUCCAAGGGGUGUGUAACCGUUCUAUAGGCACUGUCUAUUUGCUUUAGCCCGUUGCUAUUUUAAUGAUAGUAUUGAUAUAAUAAAUGUACUCAUUUGGCAGAUGGCCUGUUUUUGUAUUGAAUGUAGAUCCUCACACAGUCACACGCAACAACAACAAAAAACAGUAGCCUGUCAAACAUUUAUGACGAUUGAUUUGUUUUGGAAUACAUUACACAGCAGCUGGCAUGCAGAGUGGAUGUCUAAUUAUUAUCUCUUCAGAGAAUAAAUGUUUUAAAUAAAUAUUUAUUUAUUUUUGACAA